AUGGUGCAAAAAUUGUCGACGCAGCCGCAAAACUUGAAGAGCAACGAAGGCGAAACAGAUUGGCGCAACGAAGACGACGAGAAAGAGCCAUCGGAGAAGACGUGGAACUUUGCGGCGGACGGUGAUUUUUUUGAUCCCUUUUUAGAAGAGCAAGAUUGCAUUGCCGAUCAAUGUCAUCAGCACUAUACGACCGUCACCAACACUGCAGAGCUUGCCACAGAGCAAGCCACCACUGCAGAACCGAUUUCUCCGGCAGCAAAGCCAAAUGCAAACGAAAAGGGAAUUUCGGAACCACAGCUAGUGUCUUCCAAUGCUAACAGUAGCUCGGCGAGGCUAGCGAGCUCUCCAACUAGCCCGCUGCAUCAGUUCUUACUUACCCUCCAAAACGAACUAUCUCAAGACUCGUGCAGUCGAUUGCUAGCCAUGUUUCCACAGACACAAUUGUCACAAAGCCAGCAACACGAUGGUCCAGCCUACCAAUUUCCCCAACCAGUCCAUGCACCCGACUUUACGCAGCUUGGCAGCAAUGCAUCUGCAUGCCACAGCACUACUGGAGACUCGUCAAUAGCAACUAGUAGGCAAAGUUUUUCCUGGCCGCGCUCCGAGUCACGCCCGUCCACGAACAGCCGAAGCGCAAGUUUCAAUGCACAGGACAUUUCUUUUGAGCAAAUUCGAGCAUCUGUGGAGGAUGCUGGAUUCGAGAGCUUCGAGGCCAUGAUGGUGGCCUACUACAGUGUCAAUCUCAACGCAAGUUCGCCGUCCCGACCAGCGCAGGCAGUCGGCCAGUCGCGGCGCCUUCGUGGCUUUCUCUCCGCUAUCCAUCGUAACCACACCGAAUGGGGCGGACAAGAGCGCACCGCUUAUAGGGAAGAAAUAGCCCGCGCCGCUGAAGACAUCUAUGCCGAUGAGCUCUCGAACAUGGUAAAUGGCGCAACUGGGACCAGCAGCGGUAAGAUGCUGGCCAUCGCUGGCUCGUCAAAGCCUACGGCAGAGACUAGCCGGGUGUACAUCGCUCACCGCCUCCAAAGUCUCGCGUCUGAUCAGGAUAUCCAGGACUUUGUUCGAAAAGACAGAAAAGACUUGCAGGACACCGUUCCAGACACAUGGUCGCUGAUUACACAGCUCGUCCACAACACGGGACAAUCGCCACAGCAAAAGGCUGCAACUGCCUGUAUCAUAUUGUACUUGCUAACAUCACCUGCAAUUUGA